AUGAGCGCCGCUUACCACAACCCGGUAAUUGCUGGCAACACAUACGAUGCCCACGUAUCUAUCGCCCGGCACCCGAAUUUCAAUAUCGUGGUACCCACACGCUUUGGCAGCAGCAACAUCGUCUCGGAUGCAGCCGUCCACGCGUAUUCGAGAACGCAGUCUCAACCCCAACUACAACCCCAACUCAUCAGUAACCUCCCACACCGAUCACAACCUGAAUUGGUAGUGUCACGAGCCUCAACUCAGCCGCCCACGCCUGUCGUAGUGAGCAGCAUAAGCAGACAUACUCCUGAGGUCAUUAUCAAUAAUGGAGACGAUCCAGGCAUGGUGAUGCACAGCCUGAAAUUACCGAAGUGUAUCAGCCCGCAUGGCGGGAACUUGGAUGAUUUUGCUGCACUGAUGACGUGCUUUUUUUGGUUCGAGACAAUGGACACGAUAGAAACAGCCGAGCAAAUCAACACUCAUCGAUCAUCAGAGCCACUUUCCCCCUUGUCCAAGUAUACCGAGCCAUGUCCAGCGUACAAGAAAUGGGUGCAUAGUAUAUUAUCGACAACCCAAGUUACACAGAAUGUGGUGCUCCUUGCAUUACUAUUCGUGUACCGACUCAAGAAGACAAAUCCCCGAGUUCACGGCAACCCGGGAAGUGAGUAUCGGUUGCUCACGGUGGCGCUGAUGCUCGGCAACAAGUUCCUGGAUGACAAUACGUACACGAACAAGACAUGGGCUGAGGUUUCGGGUAUUUCCGUCAAAGAAAUCCACGUUAUGGAGGUUGAAUUUCUCAGUAAUAUGAGAUAUGGGUUGUUGACAUCGAAAGAGCAAUGGCGGGAGUGGCUGCGCAAAUUGGCUUGCUAUCACAAGUAUUGCGAACGGGCUAGAGCUGAAGAAACUAUUAGACAAGCACAAACCACGCCUAUCCACCUAUCUCCCAACCAAGGAAGAUUCACGCCUCCUCUGCCAUCGCCUACGGCCAUUCUUCCCACAAGCGCCCAUGGUGCGCCUUCGCUUGUUUCGGCAUACUCACCAUCUUCGGCACAACACAAUGGCUGGGAUAGCGCCUACCAUGUGACGCCAGUCGUUUCUCCAUUAGCAGUGAAGCCGAGCCUAGGACAUCCACUGCUGCGAAAGAGGAGCUGGGACGGAGGUGAUGCUGUGGAACCGGCCCCGAAAAAGGUGACUCUUGCGCCCUCUCAGAUCAUGGUGCCGUCUAUGCGCCCGACGGCAGGUAUCGAUCCAGUCCGACUACCUGCGCCACAAUUGACCCUAGACACCAGCCAGGCCACACUGCCCAAUAUGUAUGGGCCAUCCAUGGUAUCUCUGCCUCCCCUUAUACCUGGUAUCCGGGCCAUGUCCACCGUAUAUACGCCAACUUCGUCAUGGCCGACAACAAACACGGCUCUGUCAACCUGCGGGCCUCAGACACCAUCAUAUGGAGUCCCUUCCAACUACGGCACACCUACAAAGAGGCAUAGUCCUUCUAGCAUGGCAGCAUUUGGGUCGUCUCCACUAGCCGAAGUUUAUGCCAGCCAUACGCCCAUAUCUAAUUCGCCUUCGGUCUAUCUGCAGCAGCGAGCUAGUCCCUACAAGCCAGUCCGACGCGUGAAUACGCUUCUUAAUCCGCCUCCCUCCAUCCCCCUUUCGGAAUACCACUUGGGGUCGAGUCAGAUGCACUACCAGCCCAUAGGUCGCCGACAUGAUGUUAGGUCGGGUAUCGUACCCGAAUUUCAGCCGGGCUAUGGUCACCAACGACACCAGGUUCAUCCAUAUCAGUAA